AUGGCUGAAAGUUCAGAGAAGACAAAGCUAAGCUUGAGACUUCUAAUAGAUGAAGAGAAGAACAAGGUUGUCUUGGCUGAAGCUGGCAAAGAUUUUGUUGAUGUGCUAUUUAGCUUUCUCACGUUACCAAUGGGCACUAUUGUCAGAUUGCUUGAGAAACAUCGAACUUCGCCUCAAGUGGUUGUAGGAUGUUUUAAUAAUCUUUACAAAAGUGUUUCAGACAUGGGUCUCGAGAAUUUUCAGACAGAAGCAUGUAAGCAAAUACUACUCUUUCCCAGGAGUGUGAAUCAUGAAAAGUACAUGAAGAUUAAGUUGAGAGUAGAUGACACCGAGGCUAUCAAGUACUUUGUUUGUGGAGGUUUUGGCUAUAGCCAAUGCCACGAAAACCUUUAUAGCAUUUCGAACACUGAGGAAUGUGAGUGUCGGGGUAUUCCGAACUCCAAGAUUGUCAGAGGAUUGUUGAGCCGGGAGAUUCAAGUCGACAAAGAAAGGAUAUCUCGAAAUGAUAAUGGAGUUUUUGUUAGGUGUGACGCUUCUUUGUUCAUCAUUACAGAUGAUCUGAAAGUGGCGUCGAGUUCUAUGGAUUAUGUGCUAAAUACUCUUAGGGGCAUAGGCUAUCCAAAUGCUAACAAGCUCGGUGAAAUACUUCUCGAUGUUGGUUUCAGUGAGGUACUCAAUUUGCUGGAAUGUUUAUUUACCUCGGAUUGUCCAUUAACCGACACUUUUCUGAGGAAGCAAAGCUCACUGCGCAUGACCAGAUCUCUUAAACCAGUAAGUCCAACUGUGCAUGAAUCUGGAGCAGGGCCAGAUCAGACCAUAACUUUGAAAGUAUUUGUUAGAAAACUGAAUAGGAAGGUUCUCUGUGUUGAAUGUGGAUCAGAUUUUGUCGAUCUUCUCUUCACUUUUCUAGCUUUACCACUUGAAACUGUCUGGGAAAUCUCUGGAGAGGAUAUCACUUUGGGAUGUAUUGAUAACUUAUUCAGAAGUUUCAGAGGUUUGAAUGAAGAAAAUGAUGAAUCCUCUUCCAAAGUUAUUCAGAAGUUUCAGAGGUUUAUGAGGCUUAUUUUUACUAUUGGUCGUUAUCUUAGUGAAUGA